CGGGAAGGGAACCAAGCGAACACGGACCAUCCAUUAAGCGGCGUCUAUGAGCCAAAUCGGCCACAACACGUCAACUGCAAUGGGAGCGGUGCCAACGAGCACAUCCAACGACUCCUUCGCCACCCCUGACGCAGAUGUCUCGCAGCCUCCUGAUCGCGCCGGAUUUCCGUCCUAUAAACCACCACGGAAGCCGUCAUUCAGGCUUCGCGAGACAUUCUCUCAGCAAGCACGACCGUUCGCUUCCAGACCCUCACACGCGCAGGCGGGCAUCAAGGCAUCCACCUCUGUGCCCAACCUCCGCGAGCGUGUGCCUGGGUCCACGCCAGUACCAGCCAGUCUUCCGAAAGGAAGACAGCGGUGGCUGUCGCCAGAAACGUGGUGCGACGCGAUUAUCCUCCCCCGACCGCGAUUUGCAGCGCACAUCGAUCCGGACGGAAAAAGCAGGCGGAUUGUCAGUCCUCCUCCGAGCCCACUGCUACCAGCAGAGGUACCCGAUUACCUAUUGCCGUCUCGUGCGGCAUCCGCAUUGCAAAACUGCAGUCGUGGCUAUUCUGCGCCAUCUGACCUAGCCCCGACCGGCUUGCAAAAAGCGAAGUCGGCCGUUCCCUUAGCCUCCGUGUCAGAAUCACCCACGGCAGGGCCUUCCCGAGCUGCACAAGUAGGAACGGAUCGCAGCAGACGCGGUGGCGAUGAAACCGCACUUGCCGGACCUUCGAUAGCAAGAGCUCCGAGACCGAAAAGCUUUGUUUUGGAUGAUUUUGCUCUUCCGAGCCCGGUACCUUCAUUGCAGAAGUUCUCGAAGACGAAUAAACGCAUGCGGUCAUUCUCCAGAAAACGUGCGAAAUCGGGUGCUGGUGCCCAUGGCCAUCGCGACGCGCAUGACGGGCGCACCUCUGCGCUGAGUGCGCUUGCCGGACGAACUAUGCUGGGCAGCCAAGCGCGCCCUCCUAAGGUGCACGUCAGCCUGCGUCCGUCUCAAUCGCAGACAUUCAGGCCAUCGGAAGAGUAUGGCACGAGUACUGGGCCACGCCCACACACGCUCGCACGCGCACUCGAAUUCCGUAGAGACGACCGCCUCGUCGCGCAACCGGACGGACGAGUCGUCCCGGCCUCCGCCACCGCUGCCAGGCGGGCAUAUGCAUACACGCUCGCGCUCGCUAGGAAGUCGGCGCUACGUCUCGUGCGCACCGCCGCGUCGACGGCCGCGACGUUCUGUGGGUUCACGAGCGCGGAGAGGGUACUCGAUGCGGAGAAGGAGGAGCAUCGGGUAAUGGCGUCGCCGGUAGAAAAGGCUGCGAGCGCCGAACGGCUAGAGGGCGCGCUUCGGCGAGACGACACGCGGGUUAUCCGAUUACAGGACCAGGCGCGAAAGGAUGAGCAUUCGUGUCAGGGCGACACUGAAGGAGUGGUUCUCAUCACGCCCGCGUCGCCUUCUGAUGACCAUGUCGCUCAUUUUGCUGCUACAGGAGGAAUCGUGAUGGGACAAAAUGGACCCGCUGGGCUGUCGCCUGUUCCUUCCGCCGGGUCCUACUCGGGUGAGGGGAUCGGGAUUGCGAUAUCGACACCUACUCCUUCAGACGAAGAGGCGCGACGUCGGCGUGUAGGUCAUGAGCAUGUGAGGAUGCCAACGCAUCCGUACGCACGAGGUGCUGCAUACGCAUAUCGCACUUAUCCAUCCGUCGAUGAUGGUAGAAACGUUUCCGAAGCGCACACGCAUAGAUCUACCGACAUCGCGGACGAAGAUUAUCGUCGGCAACGGCAACCUGUUCUCGUUCAUCCGUACGCACCGUAUGCCCAAGUGGCCAAGCCACAUUCUUCAGCCUUGCCGAGGGCGGCUAUUUCACCGCAGCUACUCGUCUCUAGCUCUGGUACGGAUGAGGGCCAGGAGGUGGAGUUCUCCCCAAACCAGAGCUUGUACGCGGAGAUCACUCCAGGUUACAUCCGUGAAAUCAAACCGGAAGACAUCAGAUACUCGCCCUUCACGCCAAUAGAUCCAGCCAAGGGAGAAUAUGAGCAAGUGGCCAGCAAUGGUGCGAAGCUGACAAGUUCGCCUCGCGCACACCUGUAUGGUCCGCAGUCGAAGCGGACGAGCGAGUGGGGCCUCGCGGAUGCAUUGGCGCAGACCCUUGUAGACAGAGGAAGCAUCGACAGUGGGUUGGGAAUUAGUGAUGGUCGCGAUUAUGGCACCCACUCGGAGUUGGGUGCCUAUCUAUAUACCGGGAGCUGUUAG